GAAAGUGUCAGUUGGACUUUCUUUCGCUAUAGUCUCACUUUAAAAUAGCAAAACCUCUGUUAUUGAGCAAAGAAAUCAGCAGUUUUAAUGAAUUUAACGAGAGGAGAGUAUUUGUGAGUGUAAAUUGUUAAGUGUAAGGUUGGGAUUUAAAAACGAUUGAAGAAAAUUUCAUUAACACAACAGAGCUACACGUACUCACUCAAAAAUAUCAGCUUAUUCAGACUGUUGGUUGGUGACUGCUUUGGUUUGGAGAUGAAACCCUAUGAAGGACUAUACAGCUUCUACAAAAUCCUAACUAGAACAAAGCAUGUGACCUUAGAGGGAACCGGUAGUUCUGACCUUUGCCGUUGCCUCUCAACUCUUGACCUGGUGGCUCUAGGUGUUGGGAGCACAUUGGGUGCUGGGGUGUAUGUCUUGGCAGGAGAAGUGGCCAAAGUGGAUUCUGGGCCCAGUAUCAUUAUAUCCUUCUUAAUUGCAGCUCUAGCCUCAGUGCUUGCAGGACUGUGCUAUGCGGAAUUUGGUGCACGUGUACCACUCACAGGAUCUGCGUAUCUCUACAGCUACGUGACAGUUGGGGAACUCUGGGCCUUCAUCACGGGAUGGAAUCUCAUUUUAUCCUAUGUUAUAGGUACCUCCAGUGUCGCCCGGGCAUGGAGUGCCACUUUUGAUGAACUGGUGGGCAAGAAGAUUGGGAAUUUCUUAGGCAAUACUAUGCACAUGGAUCUUCCAGGACUUGCUGAGUAUCCUGAUAUAUUUGCAGUGUGCCUUAUAAUCCUUCUGGCAGGCCUUCUCUCCUUUGGAGUAAAAGAGUCAACUGCAGUGAACAAAGUCUUCACUGCUAUUAACAUACUGGUCCUUCUGUUUGUUAUUGCCAGCGGCUGUGUUACAGGCAACUUAAAAUAUUGGAAAAUGAGCAAGGAAGACCUUUGGGCUACCAAGCAGAGUGUGAGUAAUCACUCUAUAGGAAAUGAAACUGGACUGGACUUUGGGGCGGGUGGAUUCAUGCCAUUCGGCUUUAGCGGAACACUGGCAGGAGCUGCCACUUGCUUUUAUGCCUUUGUUGGUUUUGACUGCAUUGCAACAACAGGAGAGGAGGUGAAGAAUCCACAAAAAUCCAUUCCACUUGGCAUAGUGUUGUCAUUGUCCAUUUGCUUCUUUGCCUAUUUUGGGGUCUCUGCUUCCCUUACCCUCAUGAUGCCAUAUCACCUCCUGGACUCGCAGAGCCCAUUGCCAGCUGCUUUUGAAUAUGUUGGCUGGAAUGUGGCUAAGUAUAUUGUGGCUGUUGGAUCACUCUGUGCUCUAACUACAAGUCUCCUUGGAUCCAUGUUCCCUAUGCCUCGGAUACUCUUUGCUAUGGCCAGAGAUGGAUUGUUAUUUCAACCACUAUCUAGGGUCAGUAGCCGUCAGAGCCCAGUGAUCGCCACCAUUGUAUCAGGAGUUGUAGCAGCUCUUAUGGCAUUUCUCUUCAACCUGAAGGCUCUCGUUGAUAUGAUGUCUAUUGGAACCCUGCUUGCCUACACUUUGGUGUCAACGUGUGUAUUAUUACUGAGGUAUCAGCCACAAACAGAUUUCGGGAAAAGCCCAGAUGGAAAUCUUCAGGAGCAGAAUAUCAGCUCUAUAUCUCACCUGCCAGAAACUCCUUCUGUGCACUCUUCAGCUCUUGUGACACGCUGUGUGAUUGCCAUAACUUUGCUAGUUUGUGUAGCAAGUGUGGUGUCUACAGUGGGAUCACAGUGUCUGCUCUCAGGAAGAGCUUGGUGCCUUUCGCUGCUUGUCCUGAGCCUGCUUGGAAUAAUAAUUGCAUUAGUGAUUAUUUGGAGACAGCCACAGAACCAGAGUAAAGCCACGUUCAUGGUUCCCUUUGUGCCAGUUCUUCCUGUGGUUAGUAUUCUGGUCAAUAUAUACCUGAUGGUGCAGCUGAGUACGGAUACCUGGCUCCGUUAUGCAGUAUGGAUGGCAGUUGGGUUUGUCAUCUAUUUUGGCUAUGGAAUUAGACAUAGCAUUGAGAGGCUGCAUUUAAAGGAGACCUGCACACAGAAAAUGGCCAUCAGCUCAACUGAAACUCUAUGUAAAGCUCAGUGUCUUGAGCUACAGCUUGGGGAAGCCAAGCCCAUGGACUGAACGUAAAAUACAUAUCUGAAUUGUGGUUUGGCAUUUACUUUAUGGACCAGUUGCAUUUACACCCUAUGACACAGAAUAAUGCAGCCAAUGUUCACCUGGCCUUGUGAGAAGGAAAGUCUUCUUGCAUGGAUUACAUAGUACAUUAUUUUGAUGUUUUAUUAUAGUUUAGUACACUUUAGGUACCAAUAUAAUGUUUAAGAAAUUCAAACCCAAACAAGUAUCACCGAGUGUGCAGAAAAUCCAGUCUAUGAAUGAUGGUAGGGAAAGAGUCACCCGUGGAGGAUCUUUCCCCUCUCCAUCAUUUGUUUUGAGAGAAUAAAGAGGACUGAAGAGGUUUCUCCAGUCAAUUAAUCAAA